GAGAAAUCCGAAAAGAUAUCAUUAUCAACUUCCACGAAGGGGUAAUAACAAUAAGCUGCAACCGGUGUGCAGUCUGACAAUAGCAGCUGAGCAUCUUUUGGUAUAUAACAACGGCUGCUAAAGGAUAUUGCCGGAUUUACGUCACCGAUAUCGCAGCCGAAAGCUGAGCUCACAGAACAUCCAUUUGCUUCAAAAACUUUGAAGUUGCCAUCUAUUCAGCUUUGAACAUUGCUCUCUGCCAACACACAACAUUUUAUAUUCUCCCAACUACACAAAUCAUGGCAGACUUUCCUCCUGCACCAGUCGAUACCAUCGACUGGAGCAACGUGGGUUUCAAAAUCCGAGAAGUUGCCGGCCACGUAGAAUCACAUUAUUCUGUUGAGACUGGGAAAUGGACACCCCCGGUCUUCGUCGAAGACCCGUUCCUUCGCAUACACGGCAUGGCUCCAGCCUUGAACUACGGCAUGCAAUGCUACGAGGGAUUGAAAGCUUUCCGCGCGCCAAACAACACGAUCAACAUCUUCAGACCGACUAAGAAUGCCGAGCGCAUGCAGCAUUCGGCUUCGUUCAUCUCCAUCCCAGAUGUGCCAACUGAUCACUUCCUUGCAUGCUGCAACCUCGCCGUGGGAAUGAAUGCGGCAUAUGUCCCACCUCACGAGACCGGUGCAGCCAUGUAUGUUCGGCCGUUGCUGUUCGGUAGCUCGGCGCAGCUCGGUCUAAACCCUCCUCAAGAGUACACUUUCGUGGUCUACUGCAUCCCAACGGGCGUAUAUCAUGGAUCGAACCCCGUGGAUGCUGUCAUUCUCGAGUCUUUUGAUCGUGCCGCACCAGAGGGUACCGGAUCCGCGAAAGUAGGAGGCAACUACGCUCCAGUCCUGCGACACAGUGAGAAAGCGUACAAGGCAGGCUAUGGUAUCACACUACAUUUGGACAGUAAAACACGAAGUGUAGUCGAUGAAUUCUCGACUUCAGCGUUCAUUGGUGUUAAGAAGGAUGGCGACAAGGUCAAGCUAGUUGCAUCCAACAGUAAGAAUGUUAUCCAAAGUGUUACUGGCGACACUGUCCUCAGAAUUGCGGAAUCGUUCGGUUGGGAGACUGAGUCACGCGAGAUUCCUUACGACGAGAUCAAGUCUUUCGAUGAAGUCCUGGCCGCAGGCACCGCAGCAGCUCUUGUCCCCAUCAAGUCUAUUACCUUAGAGUCCAAGGGUGAUAAGUUCACCUAUCCCGCGGCCUCAAAAGAGCCCGGACCAGUCUGCAUAAAGCUGCUCACGACCCUGAAGGGCAUCCAGCAAGGCAAGAUCGAGGACAAGCAGAAUUGGCUGACCAAGGUGGAGAGGCCCGAACAGUUCGGGAAGAAAGAGACAAAUGGCGGUACGCAGACAGUCGGACAGUUGCCCUAGACAUGUAGUUGAGUAGGCAUGAUGACCACAAUUAGGGUACAAGUUGGAAAACUUCGGCAUCAGGCGUCACGGGCAUAAGUGUCAACAACAAAAUGGCGCAAGGUAGACACAGAAAUCUGGAUCACACAAGUAGACGAGUACGGCCGAACUGUACAUGAAGAAUAGAUUCAAUGCAGCAACUGUAUAGGAUUGCUUUGGUUUAGUAGUCUCCAGCGGCUGUCAUGAAACAAGUGUAGAUAUAGACCACCAAUGAUAAACCUGUCAGCCUGACGACAUCGUAUCCUGAAGAGGUCUCACGCCACUCCAGGGCACUUUAUCA